AUGGCACUCGGCAGCGUGGCCUUGAGCCAAUCCCUUUUGCUUUUAAGACUCAUUACUUGUGUGGGGUUUGCCAGAGCCGACAAUCCAAUUGUCCAGGACAUCUAUACUGCAGACCCGGCACCUCUAGUUCACGAUGGCCGCGUCUAUGUUUUUACUGGACAUGAUGAAGAUAGUUCGACCUGGUAUACUAUGCGCGACUGGCGUCUUUUCUCGUCGGCAGAUAUGGUGAACUGGCAACACCACGGUUCGCCGAUGGACCUAACAACGUUUUCCUGGGCAGACAACGAUGCAUGGGCCGGACAGGUUGUUGCUCGCGAUGACAAGUUUUACUUCUAUGCACCAGUGCAUCAUAGCACAACUGGUGCCAUGGCUAUCGGGGUUGGUAUCAGUGAUAGCAUCACUGGCCCAUACACUGAUGCACUGGGCCAUCCUCUAGUCGAAAACGGCGAAAUCGACCCUACGGUCUAUAUCGACGAUGAUGGUCAAGCCUACCUGUAUUGGGGUAAUCCUGGUCUGUGGUAUGUGGAGCUGAACGAGGAUAUGAUCUCCUACAGCGGGAACAUCAGCCAGGUCGAGCUCACCGAGGGGCCCUGGCUCUAUAAGCGGGAGGAUAUCUACUAUAUGAUUUAUGCAGCUACAUGUUGCUCUGAGAAUAUUCGAUACUCUACGGGCUCUAGUCCUACUGGCCCCUGGACAUAUCGGGGUAUCAUCAUGCAGUCACAGGGUGCGAGCUUCACCAAUCACCCGGGGAUCAUCGACUAUGAGGGACGAUCAUACUUCUUCUACCACAACGGGGCUCUUCCCGGCGGCAGCGGCUUCACAAGAUCUGUGGCUGUCGAAGAAUUCACUUACAAUGCCGACGGUACCAUUCCCGAGUUGAGCAUGACAACUGCUGGUCCGGCACAAAUCGGAACCCUCGACCCAUAUCGCCGCCAGGAAGCCGAAACGAUUGCGUGGUCUGAUGGUAUCGAGGUGGAAGCCUGCAGUGAGGGUGGCUUUAAUGUCGCCAAUAUUGACAACGGGGACUAUAUUAAGGUGGCAGGCGUUGCCUUUGAUGAAGGCGCCUCUAGUUUCACUGCUCGAGUUGCAUCUGCAGGCAAUGGUGGAAAUCUCGAGCUGCACCUGGACAGCAAGGAUGGACCAGUCGUC